CAGACGUUCACGAGCGUCACAUGCCUUCGAUGAGCGCGUCGGCUUAGUCGUGCACUUUGGUCACCCUCAUCUCCACUGCCUUGAUGUUCUGUCUACCGCGGGUACUAGUCGCACCCGCCGACUUGUCAACAACAUGGCGACCAAGUCGCUCCCUUUGACCAUCUCGAACCGUUCCCUCAAGCAGAUCCUCUCCGAUCUCACCUCACUAUACGUCGCGCACCGAACGAAGAUCUCGCGGACAAUAUAUGCCGCUCUUCUUCUAGCUGUCAUACAACGCAUCCGUGGAGCCAUCAAGGAGCAAAAGGCAGCUGCUGCGAGAGCAGCGGACAAUCGCCGCAAAGGACUUGGAGGCGAUGAACAUGGCAAGAAGAGGAAGGUCGAGCUCAAUCGGGAGUUCUUUCGCAGUCUUGGACGACUCCUUCGAAUAUGCAUACCAUCAUGGAAGAGCAAGGAAGCACGGUUACUUGCGAGUCAUUCCGUGUUUCUCGUCCUUCGGACACUCAUCAGUUUGUAUGUCGCGGAGCUAGAUGGCCGACUAGUCAGCGACUUGGUGAGAGGUCGAGGGAAAGCUUUCCUCAAAGGCCUCGUGUGGUGGAUGCUCGUUGCUGUUCCAGCCACGUUCACCAACUCGAUGCUGUCAUACCACCAAACCACCCUAUCGUUAUCGUACCGCGCACGCCUGACCAACUACAUCCACAACUUGUAUCUUGGCAACAUGACCUUUUACACCCUCUCAGCAUUGGACGACAGGAUAAAGAAUGCAGAUCAGCUCAUCACAGUCGAUGUCACAAAGUUCUCGAACAGUUUGGCCGAGCUCUACUCCAGUCUGUCUAAACCCACAUUGGAUCUGGUUAUCUACAAUUGGUCACUUUCUCGGAGCGUUGGUGGUGAAGGACUGUUUGCUAUGAGCUUAAUGGUCCAGCUGAGCGCCAGCCUGAUGAGAGCGCUGACGCCGCCAUUCGGGAAAUACGUUGCGGAAGAAGCGAAAUUGGAGGGUGAAUUCAGAGCACAGCAUUCUCGUCUCAUCGAUUACAGCGAAGAAAUUGCGCUGUAUGAUGGAGCUGAUGCAGAGAAAGACAUGGUCGACAAAGGCUAUUUCACACUCAUCCGACAUGUCAAUAGGAUACUGCGAAGACGACUGUACCAUGGAAUUAUGGAAGAAUUCGUGGUCAAGUACUUCUGGGGAUCAUUGGGCCUUCUGCUAUGCAGUGUCCCGGUUUUCUUCAAACUGCCAGGAGCGCAGCCUGGUGGCCAAGGGACUGGCGACAGGACAGAAUCGUUCAUCACGAACAGACGACUGCUUUUGCAAUCGAGCGAUGCCUUUGGCAGACUCAUGUUCUCCUACAAGGAGGUCUCCGAACUGGCAGGAUACACAAGUCGCGUCAGCAUGCUUCUGGACGUCAUUGCAGAUAUCCAGCGUGGGCAUUUCGAAAAGGCUCUGGUUUCCUCAGCCUCAACGGAAGACAACGCUCAAAUCCUGGCUGGGAGAGGUGAGCUCGAAGAGGGAGAUGACAUCAAGUUUGAUAAUGUCCCGAUUGUAUCGCCAAAUGGUGAUAUUCUGGUGAAAGCCCUAUCAUUUCACAUCAAACAAGGCGACCAUAUGCUGAUCGUGGGACCAAACGGUUGUGGCAAGAGCAGCUUGUUCCGCAUUCUCGGUGGUCUGUGGCCGGUAUACGGCGGCAUGGUUCGGAAACCUUCCAAUGAAGACAUCUUCUACGUUCCGCAACGGCCAUAUUUGAGCAAGGGAACUUUGCGACAACAGAUCCUCUACCCGGAUAAUCUCCUCGACAUGCGCGCCAAGGGCAUCCGAGAUCAAGACCUGGUUGACAUUAUGAUCAAAUUGGGCCUUGAAUCCCUCCUCAGCAUAUCCGGCUCGCAAAACACCAACGACCCAAGCGCCUCCAACAGCCCUGCAGAAAACCGAGGGCGAUCACAGAUCGACACCAGUGGUCUCAAUGCCGAACAAGAAUGGCCAGAGGCUUUGAGCACAGGCUUCCAGCAACGCGUAGCUGCCGCCCGACUAUUCUACCAUCGACCAAAAUAUGCCAUUCUCGACGAAUGCACGUCAUCUCUGACGCCAGAAGUGGAGAAGAUCAUGUAUGAUGAGGCGAAAGCACUAGGAAUCACGUUGAUGACUGUGAGCCAUCGACGAAGCUUAUGGAGGUACCAUGGUUGGAUUCUGCAAUUUGAUGGGCAAGGUGGACAUGUAUUUACGCGUCUCGAUGCUGAUAAGAGGUUGGCGCUGGAGGACGAGAAGGAAGAGUUAGAUUUGCAGUUGCGUGCUUCUCCUGAGUGGGAGCAGAGGGUUAAGGAGCUGGAGUCGGGACUUGAGGCUGGUGCUGCGUCGUGAUGGUGUGACAGUACGACUUUUUCAAGAGCGUUAGUGGCAACCGGCUCAGCAGUCCUGACACGCACAAAGCUCUUCCGAAUGCCACAUUCGCUGACACAUGAUGAGGCGGAUCUAGUCCGUGAUGCGAGUGACCGCCUUGCCGCGCCAAAGUGAGGCGGCCUCACAUCGUU